CGUAGCUCCAGUCUCUUUAGCCAAACAAAAACUCAGGAGCAGAGUGUUCCUGCUUCGUAGAUAGAACGUUGUCCUUUAUCUAUCUUUUUAGGUUACAAAGCUGUCAACAUGGCCUCCACAGGAGCGAAGAGUAAAGUGCCAAAAGUGGCAAAGGUUAAAAACAAAAUGCCUGCCGAGAUGCAAAUCACAGCAGAACAAAUUUUAAGAGAAGCGAAAGAGAGGGAACUUGAGCACCAGCCUCCACCACCACGACAGAAGAUUACAGAUCCAGAUGAGCUGCAAGAUUUCCGAUUAAGAAAACGAAAAGAAUUUGAAGACAACUUACGGAAGAAUCGUACUGUGAUGGGAAAUUGGAUCAAGUAUGCACAAUGGGAAGAAAGUCAGAAAGAAAUUGAUAGGGCAAGAUCUGUGUAUGAACGUGCAUUGGAUGUUGACCACCGAAAUGUUGGCAUAUGGCUCAAGUAUGCUGAAAUGGAAAUGAAGAAUCGACAAGUAAACCAUGCACGUAAUAUCUGGGAUAGAGCAAUAACAAUCCUGCCACGUGCAAAUCAGUUCUGGUAUAAAUACACGUACAUGGAGGAGAUGUUGGGAAAUGUUGCAGGAGCACGUCAAGUCUUUGAGAGGUGGAUGGAAUGGGAACCAGAAGAGCAACCUUGGUUUACAUACAUCAAGUUUGAGCUUCGAUAUAAAGAGUUUGAUCGAGUGCGAGCUAUUUAUGAACGACUGAUUAUUGUGCAUCCAACCAUUAAAAACUGGAUGAAGUAUGCCAAUUUUGAGGAGCAUCAUAGCUUCCCUGGCAAUUCCCGCUCUGUAUAUGAACGAUCGAUUGAAUUCUUUGGGGAGGACAACAUGGAGGAGGACCUGUUUGUAUCAUUUGCUAAGUUCGAAGAAAGACAAAAGGAGUUUGAGCGUUCCCGAGUUAUUUACAAAUAUGCACUUGAACAUAUUCCCAAGGAACAUGCUCAGAAUUUGUUCAAAAACUACACCAUUUUGGAAAAGAAAUAUGGAGACAGGGAAGGAAUUGAAGAUGUUAUUGUCAGCAAGAGGAAAUUCCAGUAUGAAGAGGAAGUGAAAGCAAAUCCAAGUAAUUAUGAUGCGUGGUUUGAUUACCUAAGACUUGUAGAAUCGGAUAACAAUGAAGAAGUAAUACGUGAUGUAUAUGAGAGAGCUAUUGCUAAUGUCCCCCCUACUCCAGACAAGAGAAUGUGGAGGCGUUAUAUUUACUUAUGGAUCAACUAUGCAUUGUACGAAGAACUAGAAGCUAAGGAUAUGGAACGAACUAGGCAAGUGUACAAAGCUUGUCUGGAUUUGAUCCCGCACAAGGAGUUCACGUUUGCUAAGAUUUGGCUUCUGUAUGCUCAGUUUGAAGUACGACAGAAGGACCUGCAAGCAGCUAGAAAGGCUUUAGGGUUUUCCCUUGGCAGGUGCCCAAAGGACAAGAUAUUCAAGGGCUACAUUGAGCUGGAAUUGCAACUGCGUGAGUUUGAUCGCUGUCGGACAUUGUAUGAAAAAUUUUUAGAGUUCCAUCCUGAAAAUUGUACAACAUGGAUGAAGUAUGCCGAACUGGAGAGUAUUUUGGGGGAUGAGGUUCGUGCUCGCGCCCUCUAUGAACUUGCUACGAACCAGGCUAAGCUUGACAUGCCCGAGAUGUUGUGGAAAGCGUACAUAGACUUUGAGAUUGAACAGGAGGAGUACAACAGAACGAGGGAAUUAUAUGGCAGGUUACUUGAAAGGACACAGCAUGUUAAAGUUUGGAUCAGUUAUUCACAAUUUGAGUUGUCACUUGGAGGUGAAGCAGCAGUGGUAGAAUGUAGAAAGAUUUACGAGAGAGCCAACAAGUCCCUGAGGCAUUCAGAGGAGAAAGAGGAGCGGUUGAUGUUACUGGAAUCUUGGAGGGACUUUGAGGCCGAGUAUGGAGAUGAAGAGAGCCAGGAGAAGAUUAGGAAAGAAAUGCCAAAGAGAGUGAAGAAGAGAAGGAAAAUUCAGACUGAAGAUGGGUCUGAUGCCGGUUGGGAAGAAUAUUAUGAUUAUAUCUUCCCCACGGAUGAAGCCAAUCAGCCAAGUCUCAAACUAUUGGCACUGGCAAAGAAAUGGAAGAAGGGCCAAACCGAAAAACCCAAGGAUGACAACGAUGAUGACGACAGUUGAUUAUGCCAUCAAAUUUAUGGAUAAAAUAAUUUUAAAAACUGGAAUAUUUAAUACCGUAUUUAUUUGAAUAAAUGCCCCAAGGUGUUUAUUGUUGAGAACGGUUUUUGAGGGGGUGCUUAUUCGAGGGAGGCGUUAAUUUUUUUGGGUGUAAAAUGGAUACCUGUAUACAGUACACUACUCAAAUACCCCUUUUACUCUAUCAGCCAGACUUGGGAAUAAACCCGCUUUUUACUUCCCGUUGUUGAUACAAUGGGUUUCAAACACUGGAGUUUGAAUGUUUUCAGGAGAAUCUUCUAGCGUUGACAUCGAAACACACAGUGUAAUCAGUCCCGCCUUUUACACACCAGUUUUUUUGAGUAAUAAUAUAACUAGAAUAUUUUGAACAUAGUUAAAAAUAAUAAGUUAUAUUUUAUUGUUUAGAAUUUAAUACACAUAAAUUGAAAUGUUUUCCCCCUGGGAAACUAAACUUGAUUGUAUGUCCAUGGAGGGCAGUGUUCAACACUGGUGUUCAUUGUCAAGUGUAAAUGGGUUUUGGCUCCGGUGUCGCACCGGUGUUUGUGUAGAAGUAGUAUAAUAAAUGCCCCUUAAUUUCACUGUAAAUGUGGAAUUAUAAUCACUUUUUGAUCCCAACUAGGUUAGAAAAAAUGUAAUUUCUACUGAGAGCAGAACUAUAAUAGAAUGUGUUGAGAAUGAUGUUGAUUAUAGUCAUUUGGGUGGGGGGAUUUAUUCUAAAUGAGGCUCUACUAAGAGCAUUUAUUCGAAUAAAUGUGGUAUGUGAAUUUGAAGUAAAAGUUAAAGGCAGUAAUAGCAAAACAACUAUGUGAUGAGACAGCAGAAUAAUGUUUAUAUUGUACAAUAUGACAAUUUUUUUUUAGAAAAUAUAAAUUGAGGAAAACAAUUAUGGUGUAAAUACAUUAAUAAAGUCAGUUUUAAGUACAUAAUAUUUUUCUAUAGCACUCCACACUUUCAUCUCAAGAAACUGCUCACAAAUAAUAAUGACAGUACAAUAUUUUUGUUUAAUCUUUCAUCUGCAUUUACAUAGCUAGCAGCAUUUUCCCCAAACAUCCCAAUCUAGACCUUUUACUAUUUCAUAAUGGUAAUAAAAAAUGUUUUCAUCAACCUUCUGCCUUAUUACUGAAGUUAUUUAUUUUUGAAUGAUUAUUACAAUAUUAACUAUUAAAUUUAGAAACAUGGGCCAUGAAUAUGUCUAGACCGUGGAACGGUUUGGUUUCCCAACCUCAACGUCUUGGUCUUGAGCAAGGCAUUUUAUUUGUAUUUCUUCUCUCCACCCAGGAGUACAAGCGGGUACCUUUUAGGGUUAAAAUGUGCUGAUUAUCUACAGCAAAGUUAUAGAAUACUCUGUAGGCGUUUAAUCCCAUCACUAGGGUAAUGAUAAUGUGAAGUGCAUAGAGGACUUAUCAUAAAAUAUAAAAAAAUAAAAAUAUAAAAUAAAAUAAAAUGCCAUGGCCGAAUUUGUGAAAAUUUAUUGCCAAUAACAAUAAGUAAAUAUCCACAGCGUCAAGAUUACUCAUUUAAUCUGUUUUAAAAGCAGUUGUUGAAAAUUGCGCACUGAAUUACGUCAGUGUGAUAUUGACUUGUUUUAAGUCAAAUAUUAUCUGGCAAUACAAUUAGAAUUUUGCCUAAGUUUGGCCGUGAAGCCUGCUGCCUAUUUGGCAACCCAGGUCCAGACAUGAGAGUACAAACUAGAAUUUCCAACAAACACAAUGAAUAAGCCUAUAUACAGUAUAAUAAUUAAAAGUACUGGGUGGUAUCUCGGACCAAUUCUCAUAUAAACAAAUUAGCACCUGUUGUCUAGCAAAGAAGUUAAAGAUUCAGAUGAAGGCAGAACAAAAAAGGAUCCUCUCAUUGAAACUGCCUCCAAAGCCAAGCCGCAUCAGAUAAGACUUAGCAUGUCUGUGUACAGCCAUCAUUCCUGAAUUAGUGAAAAUAGCACACACAGCAGUGGUGUGACUACGGACGGGUGCACGAUCCCCCAAAAAUAGAUUCACAAUUCAA